AGCUGACGAUGCACCCCAUUUGAGUACAGAGGACGAGGAUAAUGGUGUGCUCGAGGCCAAGGCGAGGUCGACGCUGUUUCCAGGGCGGCUGGUCGUGGUGUCCGUCGACCCAGUGGAAACGCUACGACCGUUGUUUGAGGAGGAUGAAGGAUUGGAGAAGACGGUGGGCGAGAUACAAGGCGGCAUGAAGAAGUACCUCGCGUUUAUCCGUUCAGUGGCUGCCGAAUGCGACCAGAGGAGGCCGGCCAGCCAGGAAGACCAACAAGCUCAGGAGCUACCGGAAGAGGAUGACGACAUGGAGGAAGGGAGACCGAGGAAGAAGAGGAGACUGAAUGUGCAUUUGAACCUUGUUCACAAUAGUCCUCCUGGUCAUUCCAAAUUUGACGCCGUCGAUCCAACCAUGUGUGUGCCGAUCGUCUCCGGCGACGAAAAUUCAUCCAAUGUUCCGAGCGCCAGUACUUCAAGGAGACCGAUGAGAUUAAAGGGGGAAGGCUCGCCUUGGAGUUCGCUAUAUGCGCACACCAUCAUGGACGCCUUUGCCACCGUUUCCGAUCUCCAACCCUCUCCUUCUGCCGACAUUGCGCCAUCUAAUUCAACCCCAUUGGCUCUUUCCAAGAAGGAUAUGAAGAGAUAUGACACGUACCAGUCGGACGAUCGCGCCAAGGAGACGAGUCGCUUCUAUUCCAUGCGAGGCGAGACCGAGGGGGGACAUACCGAAGACUAUGGCCAGGUCAUCGAAAUCAAGGAUUAUAACAUUGGCGAAAGGGUUGGUGAUGAAGACUUUGAAAUGGAGGAAGGGUUGGACGGCGACUCGCAAUAUCGGCUUUCGACGGUCAUUUCUGGCCUGAGUAUUGACGAUGAGGAGACUGGGAUGAUGAUGAUGGCGCUGGGUGGGCAAGAAGGGAGCGGUCUACGAAGUCCUUCGGCCUCGUCGACUCGCUUCCGGGCGAAAUCCCCGCUGCAGCGACGUGGAACCGGCAAGAGCGGUGUCAGUACUCGUUCACCGUCCCGUAAAGAACAUCAAGAUAUCAAGGAUCCAGUCCCUUCUCCCGGUAAUGGGCCUUCUGCAUGGAAAGGGGUCCGCUCACCAGCCCGCUCGCCCCCGCCCCCCAAUUCUCCUAGCCCCGAAGAGGAUUGUCUCUCUUCGAAAAAGUUGGUGGAUCCGCUACAAUCCGACAAGAAGGACAAGGAAGGCUACUCACCCAAGUCUCCCACCGAUUCGGACCCGACCUCCUCGAUGAUGCUUGGAGGUGGACGAGACUAUCGCCAACGAGCCAUGUCGCUUUCUACCGAAGCUACGAGCGUGUUUCCCGAAGGGAAUGAUGGGGAAAUAGAUGCGAAAAGCGACGCGAGUUCGAAAGAGUCGGCAGAGCGCGAGAUCAUUGCCAUGCCAUUGGGUCAGUUUGACCUUGCUGGAGGAUUGGGUGUCAAUAAACCCCUCAAGCGACAAUGCUCUAUUCAUGUCCGAAUUUGGACCGACCUGUCCAUGUGUGCGGACCCGGAAGAUGAGACCCAAACUCUCACGGAUCCCAGGCUAUUCUUUGAAGAGCUAAAGAUGUUGAGAACGUUGGAGAAAGAUUCCGAUAUGCGGUAUUUUGCCCAGUUGAAGAAGGCAAAUGCAGAGCGAGUGGUAGCCUGGCGUCUUGCUGCCGACUCAACCAACAUCACACCCCGUGAUACUGGCCGCAGCUUUUCGACAGGGAGGAUCUUCAAAGUCCCAUCUGCUCUCUCGCUGUCUCGUUCCAAGCACACAUCCCAUCACAUUUUCUCCAAUACCAAUCCUUUCUCUCCGUCCAGCACCAACAACCAUAGUACAGCACUUUAUCCCACCUAUAGCAGAGAACACUCUGCUAAGCCAUCACCCACGACCAAGCACUUUACAAUGCAGGGCAUGUACAACCCGUUCUCGCGAUCGGUGAGUAUGGUCCCGUCCUCGUCGUUCACGGACGGUGGCUUCACCUACACGGGUGAUAGUGAUGCUGUGAACCCCUUCGUGUUCCCGUCUGUACCCAAGCGAUCACCUACUUCAAACCGAUUCUCCAUUCCACGUAGAUUCUCUGCCAUGAGCCAGGUCGGCUCCGUCUCGUUCUUUGCCUUUUCAAGCAAUAGCCGUCGAGCCAGCGUGCCCGUUCCCUCUCACAAGCGGGCACGAAAAGCCUCUGUCACUUCUCCCAAGUUUUCUCCUCCGCCUUCGCAACGCCCUUCUCUUCCGCUGCCCAACAGUCCAGCGUCGACCCUCGGCUUCACGAUCACGGACCUGCAGGCACUCCCCCCACCAAUCUCCCUCGCCG